AUGGCUGCUCCUCAAAGUCCCUAUGAGCGUGCCUUUGGUGUUACAAACAUCAAGUCUCACAUCCCGCUCAUACUAGACCUCGACGACCACAACUACGACGCCUGGAGAGAGCUUUUCCUCACUCAUUGCCUAACGUUUGAUGUCCUUGGGCACAUCGACGGGACCCUACGUCCAACUAAUGCAAACGAUGCUGCUUGGUACAAGCGUGAUGGCUUGGUCAAACUCUGGAUCUACGGUACUCUAGCACCAGAUUUAUUUCGUUCUUCUUUCAAAACUGGUGGGACAUCUCGUGAUGUUUGGAUACGUGUUGAAAAUCAAUUUCGCAACAACAAGGAGGCCAGGGCAAUUCAGCUGGACAACGAGCUUCGCACCAUGGUCAUUGGCGAUCGUUCAAUUCAGGAGUAUUGUCAGAAAAUCAAAUCACUUAGACGAUCUACUCACCAAUGUCGAGGCUCCGGUCAAUGA